AUGGGCAUAUACUUCUACUACCUCCAAUACAUGCUCAUACCGGAUACCUCCAAGAACGGUCUCCGUGCUCAGGAAUCUCGACUGCGACUAGCAUUGAUCUUUGUCUGGGGUCCCUUGAUUGAAUUGUUCAUCUUGGUAAACUCUUUCUUGCGGACGCCAAGAUUGGAAGUAGCUCACCAGAGAUUUCUAUUAGGCUGGUCCGCGAACAAAAAUGUCCACUGGAUCGUCAGCGUCAUUGGCAUCACAAUCUACGCCCUUACAGUCUACAUCAUCUCUUAG